AGUGCCCCCUCCCGGAGCCGAGGAAGGGAAUAGGCCCCAAGAUGGCGGCAGUUGUAGCGGCUGAGCGGCUCCUGUCGGAAGGGGAAGGAGGCGCCAUGGAUUCGGCGCGGCUCUCUCCACCUCCACUGCCACAGCCCCGGGGGGAAGCACCGUCUCUGGACCAGCUCCCGCAGAGCAACACGCUGGUGGGGCUGCCCAUUGUGGCCAUCGAGAGCAUCCUCGGCUUCCUUUCCUACGACGAGACCAGCCAGCUCCGCUUGGUUUGUAAGAGAAUGGAUUUAGUUUGUCAGAGAAUGCUAAACCAGGGAUUUCUGAAAGUGGAAAGAUACCAUAACUUGUGUCAGAAACAGGUUAAAGCACAACUUCCAAGACGGGAAUCAGAAAGGAGAAAUCAUUCACUAGCUCGCCAUGCAGAUAUUCUUGCUGCAGUGGAAACAAGGUUAUCACUGCUAAACAUGACAUUUAUGAAGUAUGUGGAUUCCAAUCUCUGCUGCUUCAUACCUGGAAAGGUAAUAGAUGAAAUUUAUCGUGUGUUAAGGUAUGUAAACUCCACUAAAGCUCCUCAAAGAGCCCAUGAAGUCCUUCAGGAGUUAAGGGACAUUUCAUCUAUGGCAAUGGAAUAUUUUGAUGAGAAGAUUGUUCCAAUUCUAAAAAGAAAAUUGCCUGGUUCAGAUGUAUCAGGACGUCUUAUGGCAGCAGCUCCAGUUCCGGGCCCUUCUGCAGCUUUAACUACAAUGCAGCUCUUCUCCAAGCAAAACCCAUCAAGGCAAGAGGUCACCAAACUUCAACAACAAAUUAAAACUAAUGGUGCAGGUGUGACUGUAUUACGACGUGAAAUUUCAGAGCUUCGCACCAAAGUGCAAGAGCAGCAGAAACAACUCCAAGACCAAGAUCAGAAACUGCUUGAGCAAACCCAAAUCAUAGGUGAGCAGAACGCCCGACUGGCAGAGCUUGAACGCAAAUUGCGAGAAGUUAUGGAAAGUGCAGUAGGAAAUUCCUCCGGGUCAACACCAACUGAAGAGGCCCCUAGGAAACGGAAGAAGGCUACUGAAUCAAUAGGUUCACCUAGAAAGUCAAAACGCCUUCGAAAUAAUAAAUAACUUUGGGGAUAAAUGGCACUUCCAGGAGAACACACUGCUUUAAUAGCUGAAGCGGGUUGUCUGGUCUGGAUGCUGCAGUUUACAGCAUAUAUCACCUAGGCUGCUGGGUCCUUCAGAAUAUCAUAGCCUUGAAUAACUUUCUCUCAUUGCUGAGACAUUACUUCACACACCACCCAACAAUCCCAUUUCAGUUGAGUGGGUCUGUUGCACAGGACAAUUAUACUUUGUCACAAAUUUGUACCCACCAGACCUAGUAUAUCAUGCCCUAAAAAGUUUGCUUUCAUUUUCUGUGCAGAAAAUGAGUAUUCAAAUAAAACCUAUGUUUUUUCAUCAAUUUCCAUAAAUUAGUAUUUCAAAAUAAAUUCAGACUUAGUCAUUGAUAAAGUUAGAAAUGGUCCUGUUGUCUUGAAAAUACCCACUUUUAAAACAAUUGUGGGGGGAGAGGCUGACUUUUUGUUGCAAGUGACCUUGUUUAGAACAUCCGAAAAGUAGUUUAUAUGUGUGAGAGUCUACAUAACAAGUAAGCUUAAGUAUUGGCUAUAUAUAUUUUUUGUAAAUUUAACAAGCAAGGGAUAUCUCAGUCUAGUUUCCACAAAUGCAUACCCUUCUAAGCAUUAGGAGCCAUAUUUUUUAUCUUGCAUGGAGAGAUGCAUGCAUUGCUUAGUCAGCUUGGUAAAAGCAUUUGCCUGGAAUCACUGUUGAAUAGUUGGCCUCUCCCAUCUUUUGAAGAACAUGUGUUGGUUCCUCACCAUGCAUAUAUUUUGAACACAGCUUUUCUUUUUGGAGCUAGUUUGCCUGAAUGCUACAAGGGAAUAUGUAAGCCAAGCUAUUUUGCUGCUUCUGCUUGCUUGUUGACUUAAAGCAGAUUUCACGGUUUGGCUCCUUUUUGCUCGUGGGUUUCUGAUUAUACACUACUGGUCCUGAUUCAGUGAUUGAAAGAUCAUUAAACUGGACAUAAUUAUGUUGUUGAUAGAGUACACAGGCUUGCUGAGUCAUCAUCCAAGUUUUAUGUGUGUUGAGAAAAAGAUCUUACUGUUAUGUGGAAAGAACUCUCUGUAAUCCUGUCUUCUAGCUGUCAUUAUCCUUAAAAAUACCUUGUUCAGAUUUAAAAAUAAUUUGUUUUGCACCCCUCCUGUUUUGAAAUUGAACUGGAAAAGCAUGUUUUGCACUGUACAGUCUCUGGAUUUGUCACUUUUAACAGCUUCCAAGUUAUAAUGUACAGUGUUUCCCAGUUAUGUUUCUUUCUAAACCUGCAACAAAUAUUGUUAUCCAUGUUUUAAUUUGAUAUUGCUAAAUAAUGUAAUUAUAUUGCUUGGCUGUUACAUUUUUCCCUCAACCUGGUAUGAUUAAUUCAGCUUUUUGAUAAUGUUGAAAUUUGAAAUGGGAAUGGAAAAAUGGAUCUGAUUGGUUAUUCAAAAAGCUUUUCUUAUGCGAUAAUAUUCUGAACGUAUCUGGGUUUAAAACAGAUGGAUUACUCAUUUUCAUUUGUCAAUUAGACUAAAAAAAAAAGCUUUGCCAAGGAAUUUUCUUGGGUUUUUCUUUUUAAAAUAUCUUAAUUUUAAAUUUGGAAUAUGUAUUCCCUAAAACAAAGAAUUGCAAAUUGUUGUCAAGGGUUUGGAGUGUUUAAUUUUUUUAAAAAAAUUAUAUUGUUUUGCUACCUUAAGGCCAUUUUGUGAUGUGUAUUUGUUUAAUUUUAAAUGGGAGCAGGCUAUGUAUCUUACCAGUGGGCAUACCCUGAAUUAUUUCAGAUAAUAUAAUAAUUUUUAAACAUUCAUUGAGCAUUUCUUAAUUGAUAUAUCUCAGUAUAUCACGAAUCAGCAUUGGUAUAUUUAAUUUUUAAUUUAUAAAGAAUAAUAUGGAUACAGUAUUUUGAAAGUGAAUAUGUUCGUCUAUUAUCAACUGUUUGUGCAUAUUUUUGUUUCAUGGACUAGUCACAUCUCACAAGACACAGUGAUGGCCUUUAACCUAGAUAUCUUAAGAGAGUCAUAUUUAUUGAGGAGAUAGGGACUUAUCAGUAGUAACACAUUCUCUCCUGAAUUAUAGACAGUAUGAUUCUCAAUAACAGUUGUUGGGGAAUGUCAAUGGGAAGAUCCUGGUGGGUUUGUUUUCUGUUUGUGGGUUUACCUUACACAUUUUUGAACACACUAGAAGUAGAAUUAUAGACUAAGUGGACAUCAGGACUAAUGUAUGAGGGUUGUGCUUUCACUUUUCCUAUUAGUGGUUCUUAAAGAAGGGGAGAAGCAUAUUACCUUCCCGGCCUUUUUCCACAGAAUAAACAGUAAUUGGUACAAGGAGACAUGCUGAUAUUAGGGCAUAAAAGGUAAUUGUUUCCCCCUCUCUGAGAAUAAGAUCAAGUUCAUGAGUUAAUACUGGAAAGUACAGUAUGUGUUUGUAUUUGAAUACAUGCUUGCAGAUAUUACUUACGUAUGGAACUUAUAAGCUUUAAAGUAUUAUAGUUGGUCACUUAAUUUAAUUCCCGCAUCACUGAUUGGAUCAACAUAUGUUUUACACAAAUACUACUAAAAGCAAUUUGAGUCCCAGCUGUCUCAUGCAAAUUGUUGAUUGCAAGAUACACAUGAAUUAGCCAAGGUUAAGUACAGAAUAUAGUCUGUUCAGAAAGAUUUGCAUGCAUAGUGAUAGUGUUCUUUAACUGAUUGACUGCCAUCAGGUUGAUAUUGACUCUUAGCAACAACAUCGGUCAGCGGUCUCCAACCUUUCUGGCUUGGCAGACCAGCAGAGGUGGCAGGGGGUGGGGUAGGGUGGGGAGAGAGCAUGGUUUUGCACACCAUUUUCUACAAAUGAAGCUUUACACACACACUUGCCCAUCACUUUCACAGCCCAGUCCCGAAUGGUUAGUGAAUUCUGACAUACAUAGCUUUCUCCAUGAUCUUCAUAGUUUAAACUCUGCUUUGUCACUUUUUCCAAAAGCCUUUAAAGAAAUGUGUUAACACAGCCCACCCAAAUUAACAUGAUGGGUAGUGCCCGCAGCCAGAGAGAAAGGGCAUGCUCAUAGUAGCCAAAAGAGCCCAAGGGAAACUUGCCAGAUCUCAUCUCCUGACUGCAUCAUUGCCAAUGUUAUCAAUGAAGCAUCAUAAAUAACAUUUAUAUAAUAAGACUUGUAAAACAGGUUAAAACCACAACAGCUAGGAGAGAUGCCUCCUCUCAGGUAGCCUGGAGAUGAGAAAGGGAAAUUUUAUGACAUUCUACUAUGGGCAUGAUUAGUGGGAUGAGUCUUCACACAAUCCUAUCCUCAAGCAUAUGUCUCUAAAAUUUAUGUGGAAAAAAUCAAACAUGAAGAGUGUAGCUCAGUAAUCAUUACUGAAUCAUUACUGAUAUAAAUUUAGCAAAUCUAGUAUCAAAAUAAGGCUCCUUGAUUCCAUUAUCUUCUGGAAGAUCUGAAUCAAUUUUUUGGGGGGAGGGGAAUAAUAUUUAUCAUAUGGCACAUUGACAUUUCAGUAAAAAGGAACAUGGGUAAAAUACAAAACAG